AUGAACGUGGUUGGAAACAAACCAAUGAUUUCUCUUUUUACAGAAAAACCUGCCAUUGCUCCACCCGUCUUUGUAUUUCAGAAGGAUAAAGCACAGAAGUCCCCUGCAGAGCAAAAAGGUUUGUCGGAUUCAGGCGAGGACCCCCAGGGAGAGGUUGAGCCCCCCCACCAUGGUCUGGGUCACAAAGAAUCAGCUGGUGAGCGCGACUCUGAGCACCCUGCUCCCGCUGUUGCCUCAGUCAGUGCUACCCUGAGUCCCGCUUCUGAAGCCCAGCUUGCUCCUAUUCAACAAGAACUGGCAGGGAGAUCAGCAGAUGGAUCAAGUCCAGAAGAUGGAGAUGAAUCUGAUCGAGAGGAUGGGAGCUACUGUCCACCUGUAAAGCGUGAGAGAACUUCAUCCUUAACUCAGUUCCCUCCUUCUCAGUCAGUAACAAAGAACAACGUCUUCAUGCCAUCAAGCUUCUGUGAACCCUCUACAGGCAAUUCUGACUCAGAACCAGAGGAGAAGAGCAGUGGAUUCCGGCUGAAGCCACCAAUACUUAUUCAUGGUCAGGCACCUAGUGCAGGUCUCCCUAGCCAGAAACCGAAGGAACAGCAGCGAAGUGUGCUACGUCCAGCAGUAUUACAGGCACCACAGCCAAAAGCUUUCUCGCAGAUGGUUCUCAGCAGUGGCACCAAUGGUGUAAAUAUCCUGCCAGAUUCUGCAGCCACAUCAGAAUCACUAAGUAAUGCAACACUGAAAAGUUCUGACUCUGAAGACAAGGCAGGAGAAUGUCAGAAAAAAGAGUCCAACAAUACUUCAGAUGAUGACAGCUGUGAGAAGGCGGAACUAAAUGCACAGCAAGCAUUUGUAUUUGGGCAAAACUUAAGAGAUAGAGUUAAGCUAGGAGAUGAAAGCGAUGAAACUGCCGAUGUGCAGAAUGCUGGCCUUCCAACAUCAGAUGUACCUUCUGCAACAAAUUAUUUUCUGCAGUACAUCAGUUCCAGUGUAGAGAACUCUACAAACAGUGCAGAUGUAUCUAGCAACAAAUUUGUUUUUGGACAGAACAUGAGUGAGCGAGUCCUAAGUCCACCAAAAUCAAAUGAAGGUAGUACAGAGAGUAAUAAGGAGAAUGCUGCUACAGAGUCUGGGUCUGAAUCAUCUUCUCAGGAAGCCACACCAGAGAAAGCUAAUAACAUUUCAGAAUCACUGGCAGAGUCUGCAGCAGCCUAUACUAAAGCAACAGCAAGGAAGUGUUUAUUAGCGAAGGUAGAAGUGAUUACUGGGGAGGAAGCUGAAAGUAAUGUGUUACAGAUUCAGUGCAAGCUGUUUGUAUUUGAUAAAAACUCUCAGUCUUGGGUGGAAAGAGGCCGAGGACUUCUGAGACUCAAUGAUAUGGCCUCAACAGAUGAUGGAACAUUACAGUCUCGACUGGUGAUGAGGACUCAGGGGAGUCUCAGGUUAAUCUUAAAUACCAAGCUGUGGGCUCAGAUGCAGAUCGAUAAAGCCAGUGAGAAGAGUAUCCGGAUCACUGCCAUGGAUACAGAGGACCAGGGAGUUAAAGUUUUUCUUAUAUCAGCAAGCUCUAAAGAUACAGGGCAGUUGUAUGCUGCAUUACACCAUCGGAUCUUGGCCUUGCGGAGUAGAGUGGAACAAGAGCAAGAAGUCAAGAAUGUAGCACCUGAGCCAGAGGUAACGCAAUCAAAUGAGGAAGACAGUGAUGAUGAUGUCAUUGCACCUUCAGGAUCAGUUGGAAGUGGUCCUAAUGAUGAAGGUGAUGGGCAGAACGUUGGCAGCACAUAGCAGAUGUGAGCCGAUCUGCUUGCAAGGCUGCUAUGAACACCAUCUUGCAGGCAUCUCUGGAUACCCCAGGCCAGCUAUUAUUUCAGGCAGUGUUGAAGGCUCCAGGACUUAAGAACUGUGCAUCCCUGUUCUGUUUGUUUGGUUUUUUGGUCUGGAUCAGUAGAUUCCACACAAAAAAAGCAGACUUGGAAACUACCUGAAUGUGGUUUGGGACGUGAAAGCUCAUCAUAUUGAUGAGCAAAAAAAAAAAACCAAACAUUUCCCCUCUUCCUUGUAAUUGAAAUGGCACAUUACAGCUUGUCACAGCUUUUCAUUGGGACCUUUUGACUGUUUCUUCAGUAGUUCAUGUCUUGCAGGCCUCCGAGAUAGAACUUUGCGACACGGUUCCAACUCGAAUUCUGCUUUCAUAACCCCUGCUCCCCCUUAUGAGUUUCUGCCACCUGCAGGGAAACCGUGUCCUCACCAGUUCCUACGCUCACUGACUGCCCUUUUGGGUUCAUUCUCUUUUUGGACUGCAGAUGGGGCAGAUUAUGUUUUUACCUUUUAAUCCCAACAUAGGUUGUGGACACUGUUCCCUGUCUAGUGGGUUUGUAAACAGAGAGAAACAAAACAUUGUGAUUCAUCAGAAAAGCUUUUUUAAUGCGGUAAUAAGACUUUAAAGUCCACAGGACGUUUUGCUAACUCCUUUUCUUUCUUCCCAUUUCAUUAUUAUUAUUUGGGGAUUUAUAUUGUGGUGAUACUUUUUUAUUUUAGUUUUUCAAUAAGAUGCUCUUGUGUGUUGAAAAAGUGGAACUAUUGUUUUGUACUGUUCUUUUCUGUUACUAUUUAAGGGAGAGCUAAGCCACUAUAUAUAAUAGAUGUUGCAUACAGUUUUUCUUAGAAAAUUAUAUGUUUCUGUGGCUACAGUAAAGUGUAGGAGGCAUACAGGUUACACCUUCAGAAAAGUUGAUGAGGAAACAGCUGUUAGCCCUUGGAAGAAUAAAAUAGGCUCAUAUAAUGAGCUCUGUCAGCCAUUAAAAUAAAUCUGUAUAAUAAAGCAGCUCUCAUUUAAUGGCUUGAUUCAACAAGUCAUUUAAGCACUUGCCUGACUUAACUACAUGUGAAUAAUCUUACUGAAGUCAAUGCAACUAUUCACGCUUAAAGUUGAGUACAUUUUUAAAUACCUUGCUGAAUUAACGGCCUUAAAUAGAAAAUUAACUUCUAACCCUUCCUGUCCCUGUUCUGUUUCCUGAAGUCUUGCAGCAUGAAGAAAAAGGUGAUAUUGCCAGCUUUGAAUAGUUUGGGCUGAAGGAUAUUGUAUCCUGUUCCACCAAAAUAAAAGCAAGAAUGUGUUUUCCUGUGUGUAAUUCUGAAGUACUCCUACUGUAACCAUAACUCACUUUUUGCUUUGGAUGUUUUCUAAUCAUUUGGGCCUUUUGUGUGAAAGUUGAGUUUUAUUUUGUUAUUAAAACAUAUAGUAUAUUCUUGUCCAGCAAAGUUGGAAUUGGUAGUCACUGAGAACAGUGACCAGGACACUUUCCCUAUAAAUUCCCUGAACUAUUCCUUUAUAAAUAGUUUACUGAUAGAUAAUUUCUCAUUUGCUUGCUCUUUCUCCUGUAGGUUAAGGAGAUCUAAAAUGCACCAUUUAAAAGAAAAAGGGGAAGAAGCAUUUAGUGUAGCAUGAAUUGAAAAUGAAAACCCAGGUUGUAGCACAAAAGCAACUUUGAAAUUAUUCAAAUAGCAAAACAGGCCUUAUUGCCUCUAUUUUAAUGAAACACUUUUCUUCACUGGGAGUCAAGAACAUGUUUACCUGUUGUCUGUUGUUAACCGUUGUUGGAGACAAGCUGUUGGGGCGGGGGUUUGCUUUGCUUUUCCUGAUAGCCUGUUGAAGAAACAUCUUGGAUUACUUUUUUGGGGGAGCGAAAAGGGCUAAUGAUUAGCUGUGCCACUGCUUUUGUGAUUUCUCUGGAUUGUCUGCUCAUGCCUUUUUGCAUUUUGUUUUUUUUUCUCCUUAGGGUUAUGGGUGUGUUUAACCAUGCACAAACCUAUUGAUGCACCCCUCCUCAUGCAGCUCACUAACAGAAGCAUAGCAUGUUUCUUAAUACCCACCUGCACAAUUGUUUCUGCAUCACAAGGUCUGGGGAACUUCUGUAUUUUCAAAUAAGUGGUCUGCAUUUUGGAUCUUGGAUCCUUUUAUGCUGAGAUACUCAGAUGUAACUACUCUUCAAACAACCUUGCCAGCAUAAAGCUGCUUGUUGUCAGCAUAAAGAAAAUUACAAGGUGUCUCAGUCAGCAGGGCCUACGUGUGGAGAAACAGGUGUUAUUUCCUGGUCCCAAACUCCACGGGGUCUAUGCAGAGUCUCACUUUGAGGUGCUUUACCUAAAAUUAGAUUGAUGGUGCAUGAAGAUUCAGAAAAAUGGAAUAAGCAUGCUUGCUUUGAUGGGGUUUAGUGGUGGUACACAAUCACCUACAGCAUUCUAAAAAAAUCUGGCAACUAUUUACUGAUACAAAUUUUAUUUCAGCUGGAAGCUUUGCAUAUGUAUUUAUAGUGAAGAAGAAAAUAUUAGUGUGAACCACUAAGAAUUGGCCAUAAACUGAGUUCAGGCCCUGCCCAGCAAGAUGUAGUUAGGCCAAAGCAAAACUUAUUUCACUCUCUGCUUUAAGCCUUAGUAAACUAGUGACAGGUAAAACCAGAUAACGCCCAUGUGUUUUGAAAGAUUUAUGUAAGACUGUCAUAUCAAAAUGUAUGUGGGAAAGACAUUAAAGCUUUUAUCAGAAGACAAGCAAACAAAACACCCCAAGCCCUGUGUUGUAUUUCCUGUGCUGGGCAAUGGCUGUUAGAAGGGAGGUUGAUGAUGACCAGGUUUGCCUUCUUAAAACAAUCUUCCCCUUGCAUCACCCUCCUGCUGCAUCUUUUGCUCUUAGCUCUGUUGUUAACAUAGGAUGUUGUUAGCAAUUACUGUGUAUCUUGUUCUGGCUGCUGACUGAUGUGGGCACAGCCUUUCAAAUUUUCCAGGAGAAAAAGAUACUGAAGAGUGUAAUAAGGUUGAGCACAUCUGAUGGGGAAAAUGUUGCAAGAAUGGUGGUGUUACUAAAAAGUAGUAAAUCUGCUAUCCAUAAAAUUAAAAAUCAGAUUACACCCACAGGAAAUACAUCAAGGUAAGAAAAUGCGUAGUUACAACAUCUUUCUGUAGUCCAGUUCCCAGUGCAUGAUGCACUACUUCAGAGAAGACAGGGCAGGGAAAGAUCUAAAUAAACCAGUCCUCAGCAUUCCUCCAUGGAAACCAGGCUAGGCGGCUGUCCAAACUCUUAGAAGCCUGCAGGAAUAAAAAAACCUCCACCUUUGUAAUUAAUGACUCUCUCCCCUGUUCCCAGUCACUGAGAGAUCAAUUCCAUUGCUUAGGUAUUACUGCCAUUAAAUGACUCUUCCUAAUGCGUCCCAUUCUGCAGUUUGACUGGCCUCUUGUUCUCCCAGUGAGUGUAGAAAAUGGUUUAUUUCCUUUCUAGAAACAUGUUACAUAUUUGAAAAUUUACCAUGUUUCCCCGUAAUCUUCUCUAGUUUUAGGAAUUCCAAUUAUGAUAAUUGCCAUAAUUUGUCAUGCAAGAUUUCAUUAAACUGACUUUUCACUGU